CCCUCUUGGAAAAAGAGGUUUUUUGUUCUGACCAGGAGUGGGGAGAAGGGCUGUAGUCUUUCCUAUUACAAAGACCAUCAUCCCCGAGGUUCCAUUAAAAUCGAUGGAAAUUCCAGUGUAGACGUUGGCAUAAGUAACCAUGAAAAAAUGCGAUCCGUACAGAAGAUGUUUAAGUGCCACCCUGAUGAGGUGAUGUCCAUUAGGACCACCGACAGAGAGUACUUCCUCAUCGGCAGUGACAGGGAGAAGAUUAAAGACUGGGUCUCGUUCAUGUCAUCAUUCUGCCGGGAUAUGAAAGCAGCACGCCCGAAUGCAGAGGAGACACUCUCAUUGGCUGCUAAAUGGCCCUCUUCAGACCUCAGCCCUCUCCUCGGUUAUUCCAGCACAUCGGAGGCCGUCGGCUCCACCACAUCAAUAUAUACUCUUCCAGACAUGUAUUUAAUGGAAAAAAGUCCUCCAGGACUCAGACAAGCUCAUCUACUACAUGAUUUCUUGACAGAGACUACUCAGGAUACGGAAGAAGAGAGUCAUUAUCUUAGUCCUCGAAGUAUUCUUUUAGAGUUGGAUAAUAUUAUUGCUGCCAAUGAAUCUGGUGAACCCACUGAACUUGAUAGUCCAGACCAGGUCUCUGAGAGACCUGAGCAUCAUUACAUGUCAAUGAAAUCCUGUUUGUUCAAAGAGACAACCAAAGAGUCUGCUGUUAGCGAAGAGGAAUCCCAGGCCCUUCCAGAGACCCAGAACAGGGGGCUUCAUCUGCAAGAACAAGGUUCCAGGAGUGACUCUUGCCUUCCACCUGCCGAAACGGAGGCCCAGACCAUGAAUGGCAAAAAGGGGUCGACUUCACUAACUGUUGUGCAAUUGUCCAUAUUAAUCAAUAACAUUCCUGAAGAAAGCCACUUGGAGAGACUGAAUGUGUUCCUUUCUCCUCUCGACAUCACCAAUUAUUUGGGUCUCACAGAAGCUGCAGGACUGAUAUGUGUGGCUGCGUGGAAGGGACCCCCACGCCUGGGAUGCUUAUUUUUUCACGGAGACCACCUUUUGGCCGUGAAUGACCUAAAGCCCCACAGUCUGGAAGAGGCCUCCUUGUUUCUCAGCCGGUCCAUCCAGAAGGAGAAAGUGAAACUCACUAUAGGCCGGAUCCCAAAUUCCGAGAAAUUCCACGCUAAAAACUGUACAUGCUCCUUAAAAUACCAAGAUGAUGUACCUUCUGAAUUGGAAAAGUCUGAACUGGAGAGGGCACCGAAGAGGAGCCCAGCCAUUAGAAAGGGUUAUCAGAAGAGAACUGGAGAGUAACAUGUGGGACCCACCCAAGGGGUGGGGAUAGGACCCGGACUCCGUACUGGACUCUGCCACUUAUCACUGCGUGAGGCGAGGCAAGUCAGCACACCUCUCUGAACCCCCACAUCUGCCUCUGCACAAUGGGACUGACUACGCCCUCGCUGGCAACUGCGUCAGGGGCGUGAAGAGCGCCAAGUGGGAUAAAGACUACGGGACACAGUGAAAAUAGGAGGCCUUAUCUCAGACUGUGUUCCCAACAGCACGGACAGAGAUUGGGUAAUUCCCUAGAAUGUGCUGUGCGCUCUGAGGUCACAGUCCACAUAAUCCCUUCUUUGUUAGGGAACGUGCUAUUGGAAAUACUCAUUCCGGGAAGGCAAGAUUACUGAGAGAGAUGUGAUAUCAUUCAGCCUUCCCAACACUUCCUGCUACCCAUCAUGCUUGUGGUCCAGAACGCUGAGACAAACUGCAACACACACACACACACACACACAGAAAAAAAAAAAUAAAGAAGAAAAAAGAAAAAUAAACAGAAUGCUGAGAUAGAGUGGCCUCUAGAAUUCAAUAAUUAUCUUUUUUAAGGACCCAGUAACUAUGUUAGAAGUUAAAGCAGUUUUAGGUCAUACCCAGCAAAGACCUGCUUGCUCUCUAAAUAAGAGAACUACUUAGCACUUCUAAGUUUGGAAGGUCUUAGCUAAUUGAUGCAUUAACUAAUUGAUCCUGGGCAGCCAAAAGAACCCAAUCUUUUUUCAUACGUAGGAAAACAAAGGCAGAGAGCCAAAGGACUAACCCAGCCUGGGGAUGGUAGAGCAAUAGGGGGCUUCAGAAAAGACAGGGUGGGCAAAAAGUAGGUUU